ACCGCGUACCGGUGCACCGUUCCUGGACUUCCAGGCUGAGUCAGGUUGGGUGCGGUGUGCGGAGGAGUUUUCCGGGCAGUCGUUGAGGAGCAGGAAGUGAUGGCGAAUCUUUGCGGAUCUACAGUUGGAUGGAUGGCGGCGGAGUAAGCUACUGGCAGCUUUCUCCAACAGGAGCUACGACCAAUGUUGGCCUUGUUCCGCCAACCUUCUCUUGGCGAUGGAGCUCAACUUGCAGUCUGGCGACGCCCAAUGCAUGGGUGUAACGCCAGCAUCCGGAUCAGCACAAGUGCUUGUGGUCGUUCUGAUCGUGGUGAUCGGCGGUAUCGUGUUUGCCCUCCGCGGAGCUGACCUCCUGCCCUUCGGUCAUGAGCGUUGGUACAUGGUGUCGCCAGACGCCUUUAGCCCUCAUCACUUGCUCUCCUUUUUCAAUUGGAACAGGUGGCACAUGAUUGCCGGAGUACUGUUAUGGUCUGCCUCUCCAUCUGCUGCCGAUUUGGACACGAGCAUCAUACCGGGCAUGUGUCCAUUUCUUGAAAUCGCCAAUCUGCAACCAUCCUACGUAUACGAGUCUAAGCAGCUAUAUGCUAAUGUUGCUUGCCGUGACGGAUACGAUAUUGUACCGGAGGUAACUAGAGCGAUAUGCGGCAGGGACAUGACCUGGUACCCGAAACCCAUCAAAUGCGUCAAUAAAACAGCCACAACGACGGGCGACACCAGCACAUCGUACGUCAAGCCCAUCAUCUGCUCAGUGUGCGCUGUGCUCAUCGUCACGCUGCUCGUCCUGCUGGUGUACUACCGGAUGCACACACAGCCUCUCGCCAACAUGGUGCGCGAUCUGAUGCGCGACCUGCAGUACCCGCACGGCGUUGCUGCGGCCGACCACCUUCAGGUCAACACCCUAGCCGAUACGCCUGACUGUGUUCGCCGCAUGCACACGGUCGUGCAGACCCUCUCGUCCUCGUCCAACACCGAGCUGAUUGGCCAGCAGUGUCCAACGGCAACGACGGAGCCCGCGGCCAACGUGCAGCAGGCAGAAACGGCCACCACCACCGGCGGUCAUGCCGGGUCGCCUCUGUACUGUCACUCGCCGAUCUAUCACCAGUCCAGCUCCAGCCUGCUGUCCCGCGAUGAGUACUCCAUGCCGCAGACUGGCAGAGUUGGCGGUCACGGCGCCUCGGCAUCGCACUUCUCCGAUUGGCCGUCGCCGCCUCAGCGCAAGAGCUCGCCCUCUCCCGUGCAUCGGAAAAAGCUGAUGAGGAGCCAUCGGCUGAUCUCCGACUCAAGCCUCCAGGCAUCCACGUCGCCGGGAAUCUCUCGCAACCAGUCCGUGGCGGUGAUUGAGGAAGCCUCUGAGCCGGCAAGGUCGCCCCGUCGUCAGCACGUCUACGCCAAGCUGAACGGCAUGGCCAGUUAUCGCGAGCGGCCGUCCAGCUGCAAAGCCUCGCUGUCGGCCGAUAUACAAGUACGUCGCCAGCAGCCGGAGUACACUACACGGCUGACAGAUAUCUGCGCAGAAUACUCCCUGCCCGACCUGGACCUUGCUGCCAUGGGAACGGAGGUGGAGUUCAUCAUCCGCCCGACGUCGCACAGCAGUGGGGACAGCCAUGGCAACGACUUGACCUCAUCCCCGGCCACCGCCGCUAUUCCCGCUCCGCCGCCGCCGCCCAGACACCACCACCACCAGGGACGUAGGCCACCACCGCUUGUUGCUGCAGCCGCUACUGCUGCCGCCGCCGCCGCAGCACCGAUCCGUUCCAUGGACGGCAGCGUGAGCUCGAGGCGCCAGCGGCCGUACAUGCUGAUACCCAGGUCUCUCACGCUCGGCGCAAAGGCGCUCAGCAGCUGCCCGGUUUCUGGCAUGAGUCGAUGCGGUGGCAGCGGUGGUGGUGGUGGUGGUGGUGGUGGUGGCGGUGGCAAUGAUGACUAUGCAGCCAUCUGGAAAAAGAACCGAUCAGGCACCUGGAGUUCUUCUCGAGAUCCGGGAAAGCACCACCGGCAGCAGCAGCAUCAACACGAGCAACAACAACAACAACAACAACAACAGCAGCAGCAGCAGCAACCGCAGCAACAACAACAAGAACAACAACAACAGCAGCAGCAGCAACCGCAACAACAGCAACAACAACAACAGCAGCAGCAGCAACCGCAACAACAGCAACAACAACAACAGCAGCAGCAGCAACCGCAACAACAGCAACAACAACAACAGCAGCAGCAGCAACCGCAACAACAGCAACAACAACAGUUAAGUGCAUCGAUGCAACAAUUCGACGACCCGGUCACUUGUCCAGUGGCUGUGUGCAGCCUUGCGGAGCAAGGCAGUAACCGUCACACACAGUGUCAGGUUUACUUGGGGCUACGAGAGGACUGCCGGCCUGCUUGCCCUGUGGCCAUUUCCAGCGAACCGUGCCAGCACUGCUGCUUGGACUCGAGCUGCUGUGGCCGACAAACCGGCAACGAAAGAACUCUUCCUGCUGAAAAGGCUAGUAGUGGUUACGGCAGUUCGGCGUCACCACGUCACACCUCCUUACCACUCACACUUACAUGUGACGGCGUGUUAUGCACGCCUUCAGCGGCGAGGAGCGUGGGUUCACGACGGAAGUCUUCGCCACAACACAUGCCCACGUGCUUUUGCGACGAGUGCGUCCUGCCGCCACUGGAUGAUGCCGAUGAAGAUGUGUUCGAGAGCGACGGAGGUGAACCGCACUUCGAUCACCGAGCCAGGUGCUCACCAAGACAGAAACGUCAGCAGCAGCAACAGGAGCAGCAGCCGCAGGAAGAGAGGGCGCUGUUGCCGGACGAACAGCCCAGCAGCACUGAGAGAGCACCAGAAUGUUACCAGAUCGAAGGUGAAGUGGUUUGUGGUCCAUCGACAGACGAGGGCCAGCAUCCCACAAGCAGCGAUGCACCGUGCAGCCAACAGUCUAUGGAAGAAGAGCUGCUGGAAGUCUACCGGCGCCUGAGUUCCGUGUCCAGCUCAGACACACGGGCACUGCUGUCUAGUCGACAGUCGCUGUGCGACAUUAAUCAGAUGCCCGCCGCCAGCCACCGGGACAUGCUGCGCUCUGCGCGCGGCUCGCUAGAGCCGUGCCCCGCUGCGACGAAGGACAUUCGCGGAUCAACCACUCCCAGGCUCUCGCUGGAACUGUCGGCGGCAGGUGGAGGUACGGAAAGUGUCUCCGUGUCCCCCAAUCACGAAAAGGUGAAGCAGCUGAACAGCGGCAGCACGACCAUCUCGACCAUGUCCGGUUCGUUCGACAUGGAUCAGUUCCAGCCCGACCCCAUGAUGCAGGAGGUGCAGGACACGUCUCCGCAGAUGGCCGUGAACCGCUCGAAGGCCGGCAACUAUCCACGCUCCAGCCCGUCCAGCACCUCCAGCAGCGGCGACCCGGCCGCUCGAUGGCAGCCGCCCUCGUCGCAUUCGGACAGCACUGGCAGCCUUCCCACACGACUGUUCGGCCCCAAGAGUCCCAUGCUCGCGAUGCGUAGCUCCUUCAUGAGCAGCCUUCGUCGCAGCACUCUGCCCGUCAUACCGCAGAAAGGCAGCGACGGCCAGUCCAGUGCCAGUGCCAGCACCAGCGGUAACUCCAGCCUGGCGGUAAAGGGCAGCGGGAGCGGCCUACGCGUAUCUCGUACCACCGCCAGCGACCCGCUGAGCCCUGACCAGUGCGAUGUUCCCGCAUCAGACGGACCGGCCAGCUCUGCUUCCCAGCCCGACAGAGAAUUGAACCCGUUAAGACUGUCUAGCACGGACGACACACCGGGCGCCAGUCGCACGAGCCAAGUGGCGGCCAACAGCGCAUGCAGACGGACCCAAUCAAAUCCGUGUCAAAAGUCGUCUUCUCCGUCAUCGCCCGUAUCGCUAUUCGCCCGGAAAGGCGACAUUAAGCUUGACGUGCUGUCACGUAGUCCCCCUGUGACACAAGUCAGUGUGACUGAAGCGCUGCGUGACGUGAGCGGUGACAGGACGGCGUCUGUAGGCUCUCCACAAUGCCGACGGGUGCUCCAGAAAGGAUGGUAUAAAGCCACUAGUAGCUGUGGCUGUGAUACUGCUAGCACUGGCUUUGGCAGCAGUGGGACCGGCACUGCAGCGGUGAGGUGUUACUCAGAUGACAACCAGUCGGCGCACUACGGAAGGAGACCAACGACCAUUCCAUUCACGUCUUCAUCCUCCGCACGCUACGCCCUCGAAGGCGAAUCGCCCUCUUACAGUGCCGCUCGCAGCCCGCCCGGUUUCCUGCGCGAGGCGCCCGGGAGCGGCGCUGGCCAGCACUGCCCUCUCCUGCCCAUUGGUGGUGGUGGGGGUGGCAAUGGUGUACGGCAGCAGGGCUUCCUAGCAACGGCGGACCUGUCAAGAGUCAGCAACAACAACGCGGACGCCAGUAGCAGUGGCGGCGGCACUCACUCCACAGUCCAAUGCUACAACCUGGAGAGCCAGUCACGUGGUGCCAGCGUCAGCAGCUCUGCCCAGAGUCCAAACCGUUCUAGUACAGACGGGCAUUCGACGACGCAUGGUCCUGGGGCCAGGCUAGCCAACAGCGGCGUUGCAUGCCAUGCCAGCGGACAUCAUCACCGACACCGCAGUUGCCGCCACCACGACCGCCAUCACCACUGCCAGUACCAGCAGCAGCAGCAGCAGCUGACGGCGCCACCACCGUUGCCACCGCCACGCACCAAGCUCGAUAGUGUGUCACUUGUCGGAGGCGCCGGUAGCGGUGGCGACAAGAGUAUCAACGCCCAGUUCAGCAUGCAGACGUUCACUAGCGCCGACGAGAGUGUAGACAUGGACCUCAAUAUCGGCUACCAAUGCCUGCGCCACAUCCAGGCGCACUGGUACGUCAACAGUCCGGGAAUGGUGAUGCCUAAAACUCGCCCCGGUGAGGUGCUGAGGCGUGAUUUCUCCUCCGCAUCGCCACGCCAUCGCAGCAUGUCCGACACCGGCCACGUUGCCGGCAGGAGUCCCAAGGCCAGGAGAGAGCAGUAUAUCCGUAGCGGACGGUGGGCGGCCGGUGAGAACGUUACCAGCGGUGGUUUUGAGCAGGCCAUGCUGUAGGCGUACGGCUGAGCAAGUGUGUGCGUGCUUACAAUUUUCAUUCUUCGCCUCAUCUCGUCCUUUGAAGCCAUUGUGAGGAGCUAUAUCGAACAACUUGUUGACCUUUUUACAAACCAAUUUCAAUUUCAAAUUCAAUUCUGUCAAUUGUAUGUUGUCAAGAUGGGCUUCAAACAUGCACUAGAAGUUCUUCAGCCAAUACGUGAUUACCUGUCAGUUAGAAUUUCAUUUAUAGGUACUGGUCAUCUUAGCGUAAGACAUUAUGUUUACAAGACGUGUAGUGCUUUAUCUCUCUUCUGCUUGCACUACACAACUUUUAGUAGCUUUCUUCUCAAACCGCCAAAUUCGCUCGGUAUAAGAAAAUAAGAAGAAGAACUGUAUGAUAGACACCAACAUGAGGUGUUCCCCCUUU